CUGUAGUUAGUACCGUGCGUAUCGUGUUAGGUUAUGUUCGUUGGAUGCGCUUAAGUUGUGGGUAGUCGACGGUUCCGGAAAUUGCACAUGACUUAGAAAUACGGAAAAUGGCAAUUUUUAACUUAUUUUCGAGGAGUUCGGGAGUUUUAAAAAGAAGAACUAUACAGUCCAACAUACUAGAGGUAUUGUUGAGUACGAGUGAAAAUGUAGCGUAUAUGGCGUCAUAUGCUAAAUAUGCAGAGCACAAAGCCUUAGAGUAUAUUCGCAACAUAGGAAUCUCAGCGCAUAUUGAUUCUGGAAAAACAACACUUACAGAACGAAUUUUAUUUUAUACUGGGAGAAUUUCUGAAAUGCAUGAGGUGAAAGGGAAAGAUAAUAUUGGAGCUACAAUGGAUUCAAUGGAACUUGAAAAACAACGAGGCAUAACAAUUCAGUCUGCAGCUACAUACACACUUUGGAAAGAUCACAAUAUCAAUAUAAUAGACACACCUGGUCAUGUUGAUUUCACAGUGGAAGUAGAACGAUCGUUGAGAGUGUUGGAUGGAGCCAUUCUAGUUCUUUGUGCUGUGGGUGGAGUACAGAGUCAGACUAUGACAGUUAACAGACAAAUGAAGCGAUAUAAUGUUCCAUGCCUGGCAUUCAUUAACAAACUUGAUCGACUGGGAGCCAACCCCAGUAGAGUGCUGUCUCAAAUGAGGUCCAAACUUGGUCAUAAUGCUGCAUUUUUACAACUGCCUAUUGGUCUAGAAGGUGAAACACAAGGUGUAGUUGAUCUGAUAAAGCAGAAAGCUUUGUAUUUCGAUGGGCAAUUUGGAGAGGUUGUACGUGAAGAUGAAAUUCCAUGUGAAAUGAGGUGUGAAUCUGAAGACAAAAGGCAGGAGCUGAUAGAACAUGUGUCGAAUGUGGAUGAAAUAUUAGGGGAAAUGUUUCUGGAAGAGAAGUCUCCAACUGAAAGAGAUAUUAUGGCUGCUAUUCGCCGUGCCUGCCUCCACCGAGUUUUCACUCCAGUAGUAAUGGGUAGUGCACUGAAGAACAAAGGAGUUCAGCCCCUACUAGAUGCAGUUCUCAGUUAUUUGCCUAAUCCAGGAGAAGUGGAGAAUGUUGCACUGCAGGAGAAAGAAGGGCAAGAAACAGAGAAAAUAAUCUUGAGACCUGAACGGAGUAAUACCCAUCCUUUUGUCGGCCUUGCAUUCAAGCUUGAAGGAGGAAAAUUUGGUCAGCUUACUUACCUUAGAUGUUAUCAAGGAGUGCUGGGGAAAGGAGAAUAUUUGUACAACGUCAGAACUAAGAAAAAGGUUCGCAUUCCUCGUUUAGUACGUUUACAUUCCACUGAAAUGGAGGAUGUGAAUGAGGUAUAUGCAGGAGAUAUAUUUGCACUCUUUGGUGUUGACUGUGCAAGUGGUGACACUUUUGUAACUGACAAUAAGUUGAACUUGUCAAUGGAAUCAAUCCAUAUUCCUGAUCCUGUUGUGUCAAUGUCAAUUAUGCCUGUUAAUUCAAAGGAUCGUGAUAACUUCAGUAAGGCUGUAGCUCGAUUCACAAAAGAGGAUCCCACAUUUCAGUUCACUUAUGAUGUUGAUAAUAAGGAAACCAUUGUGUCAGGAAUGGGAGAGCUUCAUUUGGAAAUAUAUGCCCAGCGCAUGGAGAGGGAGUAUGGUUGUCCUGUUCACCUUGGGAAACCAAAAGUAUCAUUCCGUGAAACUCUUUUGGCUCCCUGUGAAUUUGAUUAUCUCCAUAAAAAGCAGUCUGGAGGGGCAGGACAGUUUGCUCGAGUCACAGGGGUUAUGGAGCCUUUACCACCACAUCAAAAUACAUUACUAGAAUUUGUUGAUGAAACUGUAGGAACAAAUGUGCCAAAGCAAUUCAUACCAGGAGUAGAGAGGGGAUUCCGAAUAAUGGCACAGAAAGGCUUGUUAUGUGGUCAUAAACUGUCAGGCAUCAGAUUUCGGCUACAGGACGGUGCUCAUCAUAUUGUAGAUUCCAAUGAACUAUCUUUCAUGCUUGCAGCUCAAGGUGCCAUAAGGGAAGUAUUUGAAUCAGGUAUCUGGCAAAUUAUUGAACCAAUCAUGGCUGUUGAGGUAACAGUACCAGAAGAGUUCCAGGGGGCUGUGAUGGGUCAGUUGAACAAGCGUCAUGGUAUCAUCACCAGCACUGAUGGCAUUGAAGGGUGGUUCACAGUGCAUGCAGAGGUACCACUGAAUGACAUGUUUGGUUAUGCCUCUGAAUUGAGAUCCGGCUCCCAAGGGAAAGGCGAAUUCAGUAUGGAAUACAGCAGAUAUUCACCUGUUUUGCCAGAUGUACAGGAGGCGUUAAUUCGGCAAUAUCAGGAGAGCCAGUGCAUCACACAGGAAUUAAAGAAGAAGAAGAAGAAUUAGUGUCUUUAAUUUGUGUGCUGUAAAAUACAUUAUGUUUAUAGCAAAUUAAUGCCAAAGACCAAGCAGUUUCAUGAGUUUUGUCUUAUUGUAAUUGAAUAAUGUCAUUAUAGCUUGGGUCACUGCUAUUGUUAUGUAAUAAGCAGCAGUGUUUAAUUUCAUAGCAUGUUAACAGUAACAGCAGCAUCACCAUCACGAUCUCCUUUUUUUUUUUAAAUUCGCUUAGUGGGGGGUGGAGUCCAUCUGGGUCUGCUUGGCAUGGUGGCCACUGAUUG